CAAUUACCUCUCUCUAAGAAGAGCUAGCUCUGCGGAAGCUGGCUUCACUUCCGAGCGGCUUCUAGGGGCGGCUACGCGUGUUGCCAUAGCGACCGUUUUACGUUAACUGGUUUUUAUCUUUCAUCCAGGUGACUGCGAGACUGCGGGGGCAACUUGUCUUCCCAUUUCCUCUCGGCUCCCUGCGGCCGAAAGGCCUUCCAGGCUCCGGGGGUCUGGCCUAGGCUUCCGCGGCGGCCCUCGGGGGCGGAAUGGCUGCGGAAGAAGAGGAAGAGGUGGAAUGGGUGGUGGAGAGCAUCGCGGGGUUUCUGCGGGGCCCGGAUUGGUCCAUUCCCAUCUUGGACUUUGUGGAGCAGAAAUGUGAAGUUUUUGAUGAUGAAGAAGAAAGCAAAUUGACCUAUACGGAGAUUCAUCAGGAGUACAAAGAACUAGUUGAAAAGCUGUUAGAAAGUUACCUUAAAGAAAUUGGAAUUAAUGAAGAUCAAUUUCAAGAAGCAUGCACUUCUCCUCUUGCAAAGACCCAUACAUCACAGGCCAUUUUGCAACCUGUAUUGGCAGCAGAAGAUUUUACUAUCUUUAAAGCAAUGAUGGUCCAGAAAAACAUUGAAAUGCAGCUGCAAGCCAUUCGAAUAAUUCAAGAGAGAAAUGGUGUAUUACCUGACUGCUUAACAGAUGGUUCUGAUGUGGUCAGUGACCUUGAACAGGAAGAGAUGAAAAUCCUGAGAGAAGUUCUUAGAAAAUCAAAAGAAGAAUAUGACCAGGAGGAAGAAAGAAAGAGUAAAAAGCAGCUAUCAGAGGCUAAAACAGAAGAGCCUCCGAUGCAUGCCAAUGAAACUGCAAAAAUGAAUAAUUCCCAAGGGGAUGGUGAACAUUUUGCACAUCCACCCUCAGAAGUUAAAGUGCAUUUUGCUGAUCAGUCAGUACAACCUUUGACAAGAAAGCUGGAAACGUUGCCUGAAAGUUCCUCCCUCCCACAAAAAGACCUGAAGAUUCCUGGCUCUGGACAUGCAAACAUCGAGGGACCAAUAGCAAAUUUAUCAACACUUGGAACAGAAGAGCUCCGGCAACGAGAACACUAUCUGAAGCAGAAGAGAGAUAAGUUGAUGUCCAUGAGAAAGGAUAUGAGGACUAAGCACAUACAAAAUUUGGAGCAGAAAGGAAAACCUGCUGGGGAGGUAGAGGAAAUGACAGAGAAACCAGAAAUGACAGCAGAGGAGAAGCAGACAUUACUAAAGAGGAGAUUGCUUGCAGAGAAACUUAAAGAAGAAGUUAUUAAUAAGUAAUCUUAAGAACAAUUUAGCAAAGCAGUAGUUAAAAAUUUCUUAAAAAUAAAUUAUUUAAUCCUUAAA